CUCUGGGCAUCUUCAAAUUCUAUUGGUUGAUUAUUUGGGGCUGUAUUUUGUGCUCCCUGUGACUGUACAGGAGCUUAGGAUUGUGUGUCUCUACAGAACCAAAAGUAGAUCCACAGCAUAAUUCUUCUCUCACUUCAUGGAAUUAGAGGCAGGACUAGAGGGACUAAGGCUGACACACUAAGCUGCAGUUGUUGGGUUAAAAACUAACUCCAUCCUCUUUCUCCUCACGACAACUGGCUUGCUACAUGCACGACUCAGUUUCCUAGUCUGUCAAUACUAUCUAUACCAUUGCUGUAGCUAAACGAGCAAUACAUGACAGAACCACUGAUGUCUUCCCCAGGUGCACAGAAAUGGGCACAGCUAAUGACAGCAUCUUCAGUCAUUUCAUCCUUGUAGGCUUCUCUGACCGGCCCCAGCUGGAGAAGGUCCUCUUUGCGGUCAUCCUGCCUGCCUAUCUCCUGACCCUGCUGGGCAACAGCACCAUCAUUCUGGUGUCGAGGCUGGACCCACACCUGCACACUCCCAUGUACUUCUUCCUCACCCACCUGUCCUUCCUGGACCUCAGCUUUACCAGCAGCUCCAUCCCGCAGCUGCUCUACAACCUCAGUGGGCAGGACAAGACCAUCAGCUAUGUGGGCUGCGCUCUGCAGCUGGUCCUGUUCCUGGGCCUGGGGGGUGUGGAGUGCUUGUUGCUGGCCGUCAUGGCCUAUGACCGCUUUGUGGCCGUCUGCAAGCCCCUGCACUACAUGGUGAUUAUGAGCCCCAAGCUCUGUGUGGGCCUGGUCUCACUGGCCUGGGGUUGCGGGGUAGCCAACUCUUUGGCCAUGUCUCCAGUGACCCUCAGCUUGCCCCGCUGUGGGCGCCGCAGGGUGGACCACUUCCUCUGCGAGAUGCCAGCUCUUAUCAGGAUGGCCUGUGUCAACACCGCUGCAGUGGAAGGCACGGUCUUCGUCCUGGCCAUAGGCAUUGUGCUGUCCCCCCUGGUGUUCAUCUUGAUCUCCUACGGCUACAUCGUGAGGGCCGUGCUGCAAAUCCGUUCCGCUGCAGGCCGGCAAAAGGCCUUCAAUACGUGUGGCUCUCACCUCACCGUGGUCUCGCUUUUCUAUGGAAAUAUCAUCUACAUGUACAUGCAACCGGGGAACAGCUCCUCCCAGGACCAGGGCAAGUUCCUCACCCUCUUCUACAACAUUGUCACCCCUCUCCUCAAUCCGCUGAUUUAUACGCUCAGGAACAAGGAGGUGAAGGGGGCGCUCAGGAGGUUGCUGCUGGGUAGCAGAGAGACAAAGGAAAUACCAGCUGGUUCUAGAUAGAACAGAGGGAAGCUGUCCUAGUGAGGAUGGCAAUGAAAAAAUGAGACGGAAGACAAGCUCUUAGGCAAACAUUUUAAUGAGACAGAAAGGGACUGAGAAAAACGUUCCACAGUGAUUUGGGGAAAAUUCAGGCUGCCCUGUGGCAGAGAGAAAGCAGGCGUGUUAUUGAAUUCUUGAAGAGUUCUGGGAUUUGGUUGGUAGUCAUGAUGAUGGGAUGUGUUUUGCAUUUCUUUUUGUGGUUAAAGAGGACUUUCCCAUGUAAGAUGCAGUUUUGGCCAUUUGUCACUAUAAUGUCUUGGUGUUAUCUGUGGUGAAAUGUGUUCUCAGGGUAAGGUAGGGAGACAACAGGUGCCUUCGAGGCACUGUCAACAGCUGGGGAGAGCUACUGUGGGUAGCACACCUUAAGGCUUAGGGCAUAAGUAUCUAUGCUGACCUGUCCCCACCUAUGUUCCUACUUCAGUUUCAGGGAUAUGGGAGGGUCAGGCAGCCCUGGUUUGGAUGUCACUCCAUGCAAGGUCUUGGGUAGCAUUGGCAGUACUGGGUCUGAUCAACUCUUGUCUGCAAAUCUCCACUGAUUUGCAUCUCUUCUGGGCUUCCAUAAGCCUGUGUAAGCUCCCAGAUCUUCUGCUUUAUGAAUGAACCAAAUGUUGCCUGUCACCCAACCCUUCUAUGCUGUUCUAUGAUGAACUAUGAAUCAAUAAAUCAGAGUAUGCUCA